CUUCACAUCCAUCCAGCUGCCUGCUUAACAGCACUCAUCGCAACAUGUCGGCCUUCACACCGUUCUCCCCGCAGCACGUCUUCUCGAUAUACCGUCGCGCUCUGCGCACGACCCUCUCGUGGACCAUCCGCAGAGACAUCUGGCGACAGGAGGCCCUCCAGAUCCGCGCCCAGCUCGAGUCAAACAAGGAUGUUAUCGAUCCUCGUAAGAUCAGAGAACUCAUCACCGCCGCUGAGUUGAAGCUGCGUGCAGGCAGACACCCUGAUCCUUAUAUCCCGCCCUCGCGCCCUGGUGGAUCCAAGUACGAGCGCAACUUCCCUCCCUCCUGCGAGCCGCCCAUCGAUGGACCCUACUAAACCCCCCUCAUCCUCAUCCAAACCCGCCGGCAGUCAUCUCACCAUCAUCUCAUCAUAUCCCGACCGACCGACACCCACCGCCAUCCAACCCUCACCUGACCUGGUCCCGGCAUCCCACCUUCAGUCUCACCGGGUGAACUGUGGUGGGAUCUUACUCGACUCUGGUUUCCUUUUUUUGUUGUUGCUUUAGUUAUCGCAUUUGUAUGUAAUUUACGGGAAAUUUAUUGAAUAAACAGAUAGACUCAUUCUUUCGUUCUGUAUAUCAAGAGCUGCUAGAUAUUGCUCUUCCUAGCUUCUCUACUCUUUUUGCUACAAGUAUUAUUAUCGACUUGUAUCAGCAAGCAAUCAGAAUUUUCAG